GAGACCAGAUUCUAACAGCCCAACAUUCCUUUGCUUCCAACUAUAGGUAUUGCUUGCUUCAACAAACCUUCCUUGCUUUCCUUACCAUUUUUUUAACUGUUCUCAACUCUCCAAGUCUCAUGAAGAUUAUGCAUUACUCAUAUAAACCUUGCCCAACUCCUCUUUUCAAUCCUUCAAUAGAACAGUACCAACAGAAGCCAUGGCCAAGAAUUGCAGAAUUCUUGUCUUCAUUGGGAUUCUCAUUUUACAUCUUAUCCAAUUUUCUCUUUCUUCUGUUGUUUCUACUGGGGACUUCAAUAAGGAUUUCUAUGUCAUAUGGUCUCCUAACCAUGUAAACUCUUCUGCUGAUGGGAGAAUAAGAAGCUUGAAGCUUGACAAAGAAUCUGGUGCUGGUUUUGCUUCAAAUGACAUGUUCUUGUUUGGGGAGAUUAAUAUGCAAAUCAAGCUAAUACCAGGUCAUUCAGCCGGCACAGUUGUGGCCUUCUAUAUGAGCUCUGAUCAACCUAACCGCGAUGAGAUAGAUUUUGAAUUCCUUGGCAAUGUGACAGGGCAGCCAUACAUUCUUCAAACAAACAUAUACACUGAUGGGUUUGAUAACAGGGAACAGAGGAUUUAUCUAUGGUUUGAUCCAACAAAAGACUUCCACACUUAUUCAAUCCUAUGGAAUCUUCACCAAAUUGUGUUCCUUGUGGAUUGGGUACCCAUCAGAGUAUAUAGAAACCAUGCAGAGAAGGGAGUAGCAUUUCCUAGGUGGCAACCAAUGAGCAUCAAGGCUACUAUAUGGAAUGGUGAUAGCUGGGCAACACGUGGCGGGAAGGACAAGAUAGAUUGGUCCAAGGGUCCCUUCAUAGCCUCAUUCAGGAACUAUUCGAUAGAUGCUUGUACCUGGAGGGGAAAUGCAAGGUUUUGCAGGAGUGAUAGCAGUAGCAAUUGGUGGAACAAUGCCAAGUUUAGCACUCUAAACCCAUGGCAGAGAAGGCUAUUCAAAUGGGUGAGGAAGUAUCAUCUCAUCUAUGAUUACUGCCAAGACAACCAGAGAUUCCAAAACAAUCUUUCAAAGGAGUGCUCUCUUCCCAAGUAUUGAUCUAUAUUACAUUAGAGAGAGAGAGAGAGAGAGA